CAAGAAGAUGUCUCUGGCCCAGUGCUCCCUCCUUAGCUCCAGUAAUUGAUUGCACUUGGGAGGUGUCUCCAGUGCCUUGAGUAUACUUGGGUCUACAAGGAGCUCUAGUGUGUUGCCAUUUGGUUAGUCCAAAAAAUCCCUUCAUUAGCACCGUGCAAACCAAACCACUGAAAUCAUCCCAUGCACCCUCCUUUUCCUACAGGUCAAGAUAAAAUCAUUUUUAUUUCUUUAGGAAAAACUUCAGGCCCAUUUGAAGACUCUGAUGAAAAGGAGAGAAAAGCUCCUGAGAGUGAAAUGGUUUAGAGAAGGGAAAAUUCGGGAAUAGCUGGUAGGUGCCUUGGGACCACAAGGGAGAGGGAGUUCCAGGGCUGAGGAGCAGUUACCCAGAACCACCUCCCACACAGUUUCAUCAAAGAAGCUUUGUGUAUAUGUGGUCCUCGCAGGAAACUGCUCUUUGCUGACAUUAGGAACCAUAGUGGGACUUAAGGGAAGAAGGGGGAGCCUGAACUAUGCCAGGCUCUGAGUUUGGCCUUAGAGGUCAAAACCAGCAUCAUCUUUUGCACCCAGUGGAAGCCAGAGCAGACUCUGGAGCACUGCAGCAACAUGCUCCUGACAACCCGCCUCUGUCACAAAGGAGGCUGACUUGUCCUGCACCAGCUGCAGCUUCUGGAUGGGGCUCAAGUGCAGGCCCAUAGAAAGCACAUUUCUGCCUUAGGUUACAAAGACGUGGAUGGCAAUUGCCAGAUCCAGACCAGAUGGUGUUGGUGAAAGGUACCCCUAGUCACUCCCAUUAAUGAGCAGUUUCUUUAUUCACCACAAGCCAGGAGGGCUGCCAAACAGCAUCGCCUCUGUCUCGUCUAGAUUCAACUUCAAUUGCUUCUCCUGUGUCCAGUCCCCAGCUGUUGCCAGCUUCUGGGUAAGGACCAAGACUGAAGUGCCUGGUUUAGAUGAAAAAGAGGGACAGAGUUGAGUGUGAUCAGCAUAGUGAUGGUGCCUCACUCCAAACCUCUGACUGAUCUUUCCCAGCAUGGCCACCUCCCAUUAAUACGUAUUAGUGUCUAAUGCAAUGGCAAGAAUAAAUCACUUCAGAUCGACAUGGGGAAGGAUAUUAUCCAGGUGUCUUUGUCUUUGCCAAGAAUCUCUCCCCUGCACACUCAGGCCUGUGCUGGUGUCACUUACUAUAGUUGUUUUACAGAAACGGGCAGGUGCCGAGAAGCAGAAGAUUGUGUCUGAGUUUAACCAACUGCGCCAGCUAAUAGAGGAACAAGAGCAACUCCUGCUGGCCCAGCUGGGAGGGCUGGAGGGGUUUGUGAAUAUGCAGAAAGAAAAGGGCACCAAACUCUCUGAGGAGAUUUCCAAUCUCAAUGAGCUGAUUGGCGAGAUGGAGGCAAAGUGCCAGCAGCCAGCGAGUGAGUUCCUGCAGGAUAUACGAACGACCCUGAGCAGGUGUGAGAAGGGGGAGAUCCCACGGCCAGUGCCAAUUUCUCCAGAGCUGGAAAGGAGACUCCAGGAUUUCUCCCAGAUAACUUGUGCCCUGACGGAGACUGUGAAGAUGUUCAAAGACACUCUGCCAUCUGCCCUGGAGAAGAGAAGCAGGGGUCCAUCGCAGCCAUACACCAAGGACCAUGGGGCAGCUGGAGGUAGACCACCAGCGUACUGAGAGGCAUCCAGCUGCGUCACCGCAUGCCUCAGAGCUUUUAAUAAAACACCUCCCACUGCUCUGCCAUGACAUGAAUGGAAAUGGUGAAUUGUCAGGGACCUUGACAUUGGAUGGUGAGUGGCCAAUGGGUAGUAAUCCCAUCUAGGUGUCUUUGCUCCAGCUGUAGGAUUACAAGAGGUAGGGCCAUCCCAAUACUGGGCAUCUCUUGGUGAGAUCUAGCAAGGGCAGAGCUGGGUUGGGGCCAUGUUGGUGUACUGAAUGAAGUGAAAUAAAGCUGUGCUUUUUCUCUCUGCUGGGAUUUUUGUUGUGCUGCAUGUCCUGGAAUAAGCCUGCUCCCCUGAAGAGCAAGAAUUACUUGGUGGCACUGUCAGGAUUCGCUGUGGAGGCUUCAUGGACAAACUGAAGUGUGAGUUGUGGAUGAGUCACAGAGGAACCCAUAUUUGAGCCAUGGCUGCAGAGUGCCAGGGCCCUGUCAGUCAGGCUCCAGUUCUUGCCCUACACACUUCUCUGAUCACAGAAUUCACCCUGCAGCCUGUUUCCGCCACACAGCCCCACAGCACUCAGCAUGGCCCCACACCACCUCUGCACAGCCUCUUCAUCCCCAGCCUGGUCUUAAACCCCAGCCCUCCUUCCCAGGGACUCCCACAUGGCCUGUUCUGCCUGCCUUUCCCCUGCACUCCAUGCACAACUCCACAGGAUCUCACCAGCCUCCGUGAGCAUGUGUGACAGGGGUGCCUGAAAAUUUUGACACGGCUUUUUUUUGGUGCAGUGCAUUUGUGUUUGCACAAAUGGCACUUUUGAGUGGGUUAAGCCUCGUGUGUCAUUCCCCACAGAUUUCAGUAGGGGAAGUUAAAUACCAGUUUACCCCCUAUAAUGUCUUUUCUAAUGUAUUACAGCAGGAGGUGCAUGUAAACUGCCCGGCUUCCCCAGACCCUGCCCUCGGGCUCUCCCUAGGCGGUCCUGAUUCUUGCUGGGAGUCUCUUCUAAGCAUGCUCAUGGUCACCCCAAAAUACUUGUCACUUAUACCUGCCGAUGCUCAGUCGGUCUGGUCUCUCUCCAUCAGUACACAAUCCAAAAAACCCCAUCCCAAUCCCAAGGACAAGUCGUGUGAAUCCUCCCCUCCCAUUCCUUUCCCUUCCCAUCCCACCAUGUGACAAAUAUAUAUGUUUUUUCUUUUAUUUACUAUAGCUGCUAUGAUAACUGCUAUGGUAUUAUAAAAUGUUCAGGGUUUAUAGUAGCGGGUGGGUGAUGUUGGCUUAGAAACGGUAUUUAAAGGCCUGUUUUUUGGGGAAUUAGCUUAUAGAUAUAGAUAUAUGCAUUAUAAGGGGUCAAGAUGGGCAGCAGGGGUUAAAUGGAUUUCUAAAGAGCUUGGGAGACACACACACAGCUUCUCAUGGCCCUGGAAGUAGAUGGGCUGUCUAGCAUGACAAGGCCAAUGGAUGGACACAGCCUGAGAAUUGAAGAGGGACAUGUCAUAACAUAAAAUCACAGCCUUCAAGGUAGAUAGGUUGUCUAACACAACAAGGACACAGUCUAGGAAACAGCUCGGGAACCAAAGAAGUAUGUACCAUACUGUCCUAUAACACAAGAUAAGUGACACCAGCUACAAGGCCCCAGAGCAGCAGAGGGGCCUAAGUCCUGUUUUUGGGGGAACAGACCAAAUUAGGAGAAGGCUCAGAAGGCUAUGUGGACGUGUGACCACAAUCAGCCAGAGAUAGCCAUGGAUGAAGUCAUCAUCAUCAGGAGUCAUCAAGGGGGAAGGAGAAUACAAAAGCAGAGACUUGAGAUUAACAAAGGGUCCCUCCUUUUGUCUUGCCCAUCCCUCUCAUCCCUCCCUUUGUCUUGUCCCUUGUCAUCCUCCCUGUUUUGCUCCCUGAGACGGGUCCCCAUCCCUUUCCCUAUCCCUGUCCCCCCGGAAGGGUCCCUGAGACCACCAUGGACCGAGGGCAUACCAGCAACCCAUCUCAUGCACCCCACUGGAGCGGGGCUGUGGGUUUCGGCAUCCCACCUCCAGACUGCUGACCCCUAAGAGACAGCCUCAGAGUGAAGACUGCAUCCUGACCAGAUGUAUAUGACUCUGACAGCCCUAGGAUUGAUAGGUCUAGAAUUGCCUGGUUGUUUGUAUUGCUGCUUUUUUGUUCUUACUCUGUAUCAAUAA